GUAGUUCUGGGCUGAUUUCUCACCUUUCUUAGGAUCAUUGAGACCCCACGAGGCAGCAGGAGUUGUCCAACCUGCUCCAUGAGAAGAAGUAUCUGAAGGCCCUGGGUCUUGCCAUCUCACUGGACCAGCCUCACACUGUGCUCAAUGUGAUCAAAGCGAUCCGUCAGGUGGAGGAUAGCCGUGAGCUGUUGGAAAAGACGGUGCUGAAACUUCGCCAGGAUCAGAAAGAGUCGAUCCUGCGCUACUGUGUGGUGUGGAAUACCAACGCCAGAAACUGCCAUGAUGCCCAGGCCGUCCUACAGGUGCUUCUCACACACCUGCCACCCGAGGAGCUGCUGCAGUACCAGGGCGCCCGAACCCACCUCGAGGGACUCAUCCCAUACACAGAGAGACACAUGCAGAGGAUUGGCCAUCUGUUGCAGGCAUCCAUGUUCCUGAACUACAUGUGGCAGAAGAUGAGAGUGGCGGGAGCCCCACCCAGCAUGGGCCAAGAUGAAGAGAUGGAUACCACUCCUCUUGCACAGCCCUUCUUUAUAAUUGACAAGGAGAAAGGGACAGACAGGGGUGAUGAGGAGAAACGAGAUGAGGACGACAGCGAUGGCAGACAAGAUAAAGAUACAAAUUGCCCAGCUGAAGGAGGAGGAGGAGAAGAAGAAGAAGAAGAAGAGGACGACGACGACGACGACGACGACGAAGUCAGUGUCAGCAAAAAAGCCUCCACCAACAAUGGGCGAGUGGAAAACGGAAAGACCACCAAAACAAAUGGCAACCACCUCUCUGAUAGUGAGGAGAGUUCAGAAGAGGAAGACGUGGAAGAAGAUACAACGGUAAAAGUGGUGAAACGUCUCCCAGUUUCUUCAACUCCACAAUGCCAGACUUCAACCAGCUGACGAGGAUCUCCAAGCUGAUUAUGGGUGACUCGCUCUUGGAGAAAAAAAAACCCAGGAGGUUGUGUUGUCUUGGGCUGAUUAGCUGGAGUGAAGAGACAGAGAGACAUGUGUGGAAUGAUGAUGAUGAUGAUACAGAGAAUCGGCUUCUCUGAGCCUUCCUCUUUGCAGCAGCUGAGUCGGAAAGACUUUCUCCCUUGUGCCAAUAACUAAAUUUUACAUCAGUUCUUCCAUUCAGAGUUUUUGCAGAAUUUGAAGCAACGUAAACAGCCGGAUUUCCUUAGACAAAAUGGACAAUAGGGAGGAAAAGAGGAGGAACGAGAGAUAGACGGAAGAGCUGCAUUAACAUGCAGGCUUUGAGCCAGUUUUAACUUCCCCGCUGCAGGUAUCUGCACCUAUUGUCUAGUUCUGCAAUGUUGCAUAAUCUUGAUCUGCUUGCUUGACCGCAACAACACGGGUUAAGCGAGGUUCUUUAUAUAACUGUGGAUUUUUUUUAAAUAUCAUGGAUGCAAAUGUUUAUAAAAUAAAAAUGUUCUUUGCGAUUCCAAA